AACAAAACAGUUAGACACAGUCUACAAGGUAAAGGGGAUGAAAUAUUAGGGAUAUGAUUUUUCAUUGUCAUGUACAUUUGAGCCAAGUUUUGUGUAGAAAUGGGUCCAAGCAAAUGAGAGCCAGUGAGAGAUUUUAUUCCAAAAACAUAGGGUGAAAAAGGGGUAGAAGAUAUUUUGUGAGGAAAUAUGGAUAAGAUGUUGAAUUGUGGUUCAAAAGAGGAAGAGAGAAGAGAUAGUGCUUAGUUGGUGAUCUGUGGAUGGCAUAUUGCAUUCCAAACUCACCAUCACUCCAGGGUUGGAAGACAAGCACAAAUGGCUUAUUUGGUUGGAACAUAGGCAAGAAGAAUGUUAAUGACAAACCUCAGACUAAAUACUAUGAUAUUGAUCUCACUUUCUCAACUUCUCUGGUGGACAAAACAUUUUUGAGAGGGAAGGAGCUAAAGUGCUGCUAUAGGGCUUCGAUUGAUGGGUUCAGUGCUACAAAUUUCCACGAAUGCUGUGACUUCAAGGGGCCAUGCGUGAUAAUCGGCUACACAAACAAGUCUUUCAAGUUUGGUGCAUUUAACCCUGAAGGGUAUAGAAGCACAGAUGACUACUAUGAUACAUUUGAUGCCUUCCUAUUUUACUGGCUAGACAAUGAAGCUAAGCCCAUUAUUUUGCCCAAAGUUGGUGGAAGUGGUGCAGCCCUGUUUGAUUAUGCACGUGGUGGCCCACAAUUUGGGGCAGAUGGGCUUCUCAUAGGGCCCCCAUUGGCCCCAGUUAUGGGGGGCUUUGCUGGGCCUGAUACCAAUUCUGGCAUUGGUGACUUGAGACAAGCGAAGUCUAGAUUGGGAUUGUCUUAUGCCAAAAGAGAGGAUGGGAAGGAGUCUAUAUUUGGUGAUGAGUCAAGGGCAACCCUUCAAGAAGUGGAAGUCUUUUGUAGUCCUCAAAUUGCAAGCUUAUACUAGAACUUCAUAAAGAGGACAUUUUAAAAUAGAGUCAAUGUAUUGUGGCUUCGUGGAAACCUUGAAUUGCGGUGUUGGAAGAUGCAGCAACGGGGCUUCUAAAAGCUAUACAGGGGCUGGUUGAAUAUCAAUAUACAAAUUUCACUCUUGAGAUGAACUGCAAGAUGGUGGUGAAAAAAGUGUUCAGUAAUGUAACCGAUUCUUUGGAACUUUGAGCUGCUGCUGUUAUAUACUCUCCCAAAAUCCAAACUACAGAGUUGAGUUAGUAAAGAAACAUGCAAAUGGUGAGCCCAGCAGUUAGUUAUGCAAAGCUCAAGAAACAUCAUCAUAAUACUACUUGUAUUUACAAUUGCAUCGUUAAUAUGGGUUGAUGCAGAUUUUGUCAAGAAAACAAUUGUUGGAGGUUAAUCCACCGCAACAUCCUAACUGUUUUUGCAAUAUGUUCUGUUUAAAUCAUAUUUCUCAUUAACCUUAGAUUAAACCAUUGUUUUCAAGGCUGCAAAUAAAACAACAAACCCUCAAAAAGUUCCAACUAAAGAUCUUAGGAAUGACUGCAAUUAGAACCACCCUUCAGUAAACCAAUUAUGCCUGACUGUUCUUUAGCACAAACUUCGCCCCCACAUCAUUAGCUAG